GGAAAAAUGUGUGUGUGUGUGUGUGCGCUGUCAAUGCCAACGACAGAAAGCAGGCACUGAGAGCCUUAAGCCCACAUUUAAGACAAGAUGGCAGGACUUCCCCGCAGGAUCAUUAAGGAAACUCAGCGUUUGCUUGCAGAGCCUGUCCCAGGCAUCAAAGCAGAGCCAGAUGAGGGCAAUGCCCGCUACUUCCACGUGGUCAUCGCCGGACCUCAGGACUCUCCUUUUGAGGGGGGCACAUUUAAACUUGAACUCUUUUUACCAGAGGAAUAUCCCAUGGCAGCUCCUAAAGUACGCUUCAUGACCAAAAUAUAUCAUCCCAAUGUAGACAAGCUGGGAAGAAUAUGUCUAGACAUUUUGAAAGAUAAAUGGUCACCAGCUCUGCAGAUUCGUACCGUGCUGCUAUCAAUCCAGGCGUUACUAAGUGCACCAAACCCCGAUGAUCCUCUAGCGAAUGAUGUUGCAGAGAAGUGGAAGUCCAGUGAAGCUGAAGCCAUAGAGACAGCCAAGUCAUGGACCAGGCUUUAUGCUGGAAACAAAAAUGAAGUGUAGAGCAGCCUAACAAGUGGCGACAUAAGUGGAAGUCAAGUGUGAACACAAAUCCUCAUGUUCUGCCAAGACCUCUUCCUACCUUAUUUGCAUUUAAAGGACACUGUCUCAAAUAUAUAUACAUAUAUAUAUUAUAAAAUAAACAUGAAUAUAUUGUAAAGGAAACAAAACUGCUGACAAUUGAUGACAAUUGCUGCAUUUAAAUGCACACUAGUAAUGAAAUGACUCGUCUUUGUCCUAAUUCACUGCUGUUCAGAUGCAUGGGCUGAGGUUUUAGAUCCACUCACCUGGCUUUCUUUGUAUAUUGAUUUUUUUGCCAACUGCUACUUCAACAAGUGUGUUGAGGGGGAUAGAGGUCUUAUGUCCCACAUUUUUGGGGGGAUGUGUAUUUCGGGGAGGGAGGCAGAGCAGUGGAAGGGAUGGGGAGGAAAGUGGCUAGAUGUGGUUAAUAUGGUAUACUUUUUUAUGUUUCUUUUAACUUCCUCUUGUCGCUGGUUGUUUCUUAAAAGCAGCUAACUACUAUAAGCUCACUGUAUGUAUACAGUCACCUGGAGAUGGACCAGAGUUUUGUCCCAUGUUAGAUGGUCAAACAAUCAAAGCCGUACUUCCUCUUUACUGUACUGUAAGUCACAUCUGGCUUUGUUAAAAGAUAAUACGACUGAAACACAAACUGAGCCUGUUACUGUUAUAUACUUUUCAACCACUGCCAAUGUAGACUCGAGGUAGACCUGUUGAUGGUGUGGAACUCGGAGAGAAAGUGUGAGGUUAAGGUGGACAUCGUGGACCUGUCCUUAGUUUUAGCACUUAUAUUUUAUUACCAUAUCCAGUCUUCUGUAUGUGAAUCUUUCCUACUAUUGUCAUACUAACCUCUCUGCUUUUUCCCUGUCACAGUCUGAUGCUACAUUGGUUUACCUUCCUCCAUUUGCAUUUAUUCCACAUAGCAAAGGUUACAUAUGAGCUGUGGGUUAUUUAUUGAUGUGAGGGGGUAGGGGGUGGAGGGUGGGAGGAGGGGAUUGUGCGAUAUGUGCACGAGAAGGUGCUGGGUUUUUGACAGGAUCAAAUCAAACCCCAAAAGGUGUGUCUUUGGCUGAAAAGUCUGUAUUCAGUUCUCUGUUGUAAAUUCAUUGCUUCUAAUAAUAUGGGGGAGGAAAUGUUUACCUGCUCCCAGAAUGCUAUGAAACAGUCCACCUGCAUACUUUUUUGUUCUGUAAAUAAAAUUUGUUGAUUAAUA